AUGGCGCUGCUUAAAUACAUUAUUAUCUUAAGCAUUCCAUCAAUUGUUCUUGCUAAUGGCUUGUUAUUGCUGUAUAGGCCAAAGGACAUAACCCACGAAUGCGCUUUUUCGAGACAUCUGCGUUUUGAUAUUUCUUUUGGGAUGGGUAUGUCUGAUACUAUCACAUUGGUGUUUCGCACACUAAACGACAUAGACUAUGAAUGCUUGGUUGAAAUCGUUGCUUCGUCACCGGAAUACCUGCUCGUCGUGGUCAGAUAUCCAACGACAAUCGUAUCAAACUGUGACGUCAAUCGAGACGCUUUAACAAUCCUGAAGAGGUGGCGCUGCACAAGAUUAUGUGAUUUGUUGGACCGUGAAGUUUAUUCGCCGUAUUUCGUCUUCACAGUCAAGCAACGACUCCGUUUCCUAUUCAAAAGCAAUAGUAGCAUCAAUCUCGACCUCAAUGCAAACUUUUACCAAGUAACAAUCACUUCGGCCCGAAUGGCGCCAAUACGUGGCUGUUACAAAAGGAACGAGACAGUGUGUACUGUGGAUCAAAUAAAUUAUUGUUUCACCACCGGCGUGGUCUGCGAUGGCAUCAAAAACUGCGGGGUUGAUGAUUGGUUUGAUGAGCGUAAAUCCAGAUGCACUUUACCAGUGGAAAAAUUAGGUUACGCCCCGGUAAUAGCUGUGGUAGUGGUGUUGUUAUGUGCCUUCGUGGCUGGUAGUCACGCUCUCUUGCGCUGUUUGCCAUCUCAUGCCCAGUCGUUCUUCAUCUUCAACGCUAAUGAGGAUAACAGACUCUGCAUUGACCCUAUUCUGGUACCCCAAGGACAGGCGCCCGAUAUUGAGCCGUUUAAACGGUCUUCAUUGAUUCCGGUUUUUGACAGCUCAUCUUCAGAUAGUGAAACAUUAAAUGAAGAAGUUCAAGUGGUUGAACUGGAUAAUUUACAGAAAGUUGAUGAAGAAAUUGUAAAUGAUCAAGAAAUUGUUCGUGAAUUGGAUGAAACAUCAGAACAUUUACCGGAUAAGCGAAAAUCGAUAAGGAAGAGCACAAUGAAAUCAAUAUCCGAGAAAUUACAGGAUAAAUUCAAAUUGGUGGCGAGGUAUGCGACACUGGGAAGGUCAAGUCGAGAACCAGAAAGAGAUAUGCAAGUGUAG